ACUUAGAAGCAUAAGAAAACCAAGGAGGCAAGCAGUUUAACUUGUCAGGAAAAUGGCAAGGAAGAGAAAGGCUUCUGAAGAAGUUAAAGAGAGAAAUUUAUCUGAUGAAACCAUGGCAUGGGAUGAGGUGAUGAAGGAAGCUGCUGCACUAGGAAGUGGCUGGAAAUUGAGGAAGAGAUUUGUUGGUGUGAGACAAAGGCCUUCAGGAAGAUGGGUGGCUGAGAUAAAGGAUACAAUUCAGAAGAUAAGAGUGUGGUUAGGAACCUUUGAUACAGCUGAGGAAGCUGCAAGAGCCUAUGAUGAGGCUGCAUGUCUUCUUCGAGGUGCCAACACUAGAACAAACUUCUGGCCCAGUUAUCAAUCUUCCUCAACUCCUGCUCUUCCCUCAAAGAUUACCAAUCUCCUCCUUCAAAGGCUCAAAGCAAGGAAUGACACUAGCACAAAGCCUUGCACUGUUUCUUCAUCUUCCUCCUCCACAUCUCUUUUAAUCAACCAGCAACAAAGCCAACAAGAAGAUGUACGUGGAACUGAGUCAACAUAUUUCACAUUGGACCAAUUCUCAGAUUUCCUUAAUGACCCUGAAGAUUACAGCACAAACAACAAUGAGUUUAGUAAUGACAGUGCACAAACGGAUUGCAUCACAAAUAGUCUUGAAUCAUGUUUGAAUGAGAAUGAUGAUUGCAGGGAAAACGAAAAAGAAAUGGUAAUGGAAUUUGACUUCAACAGUGUGACACAAACAUCAAGUGCUGAUGUAAAUUCAGGAGGGGAAAGAGAGGAAGACAGUGAAGAAGGAACUGAUUUGAGUGGUCAGGAUUUUCAGUUCCUGGACAAUGUUGUUCCAUCUAGUUAUCAUUAUUCACUUUUUGAGAUCACUGAAGAGAUUGAGGAGCAGCUGGAGGCUGAAAACUGUGGUGAUGAGCCUUCAAUGUUUAGAGAAGUCUUGAAGAGAAUGAAAUAUGAGAGGAAGUUUUCAGCUUCCCUCUAUGCCUUCAAUGGAAUACCUGAAUGCUUGAAGUUGAAAGUUGAAUCAGUAAACAAAAAUAGAAGUGGGGUUUGUAUUUCUAAUGAACUAACCAACCUCAAGAUGGCUUGCAGCAAAAACAAAAUUGAGGCUAUUGAGAAGAAUGAAGAACACAUAGAAGCGAUGGAUGGGAAAGAGCCACAAACAUCAGUUGGCAUGGAUUGCUCUUCACCCUCUUUUUCAUCCAGUAUUGAUGAUGAACUGUUACUAUGGAAUGCACUUGAUCUUCCUACUGUUUGUGGUGUUAACUAGCUACCAUUCAUUUAUGUAACAAUGAAAUAUGCUAUGUAACAU